UUUUUAGUUGGAUUCUAUUUUGACCUUCUUUCUCUCAUGUCGAGCAUUACAAUAGCCCCUCUUCUUAUUCAUUCACGUUCGCUGAUACAAGCUCCAAUAAUUAAUAAUAUCCGAAUGAUAAAGAGAAUCACACUAUCGUGCAUCAUGAUCUUCUUCCUUCUAUCGUCGGCCGUUCAUGCCCAGUCAAGUUCGCCGCCGGUGGCUUCUCCUAGUGCUACACCCCACAACCGAGAGCCAUCCUUCGAUCCUGUGGUUGUGGCCCUCGUUUUCGCCCUAUUGUUCGUUAGCUGCUUCUCAACAUACAUCUGCCACGGCUGCAACAAAGACCUCACGGCCGGAGGCCUAACUGUCACCGGCACGAAUUUCUGCUCAAGUGGUCCUCAAGGUGUCGACCUAAAGUUACUCGACACCUUCCCGAUCCUCCGGUAUUCCGCCGUGAAACACCUCAAAUUUGGGAAAGCCCCACCGGAGUGUGCCGUCUGCUUGAGCAAGUUUAACCAGCAAGAUACGCUCCGAUUGCUUCCGAUAUGUAAUCACGUUUUUCACCCAGAAUGUAUCGAUGCCUGGUUAGCCUCCCACUUAACUUGCCCUGUUUGUCGCUCGAGGCUGAUGCCGCUGGAGGAGCACCGCUGUGGUGGAAACGAAGUCGUGAUACUAAUUCCGAACGAGAUAAAUGCACACAGGGCGUUCGAUGAAAGUUCUGAGAGUGGAACGGAGCUUAAUUCAGUCAAAGGAAAAAGUUUGGGGAGGUGUCAUUCAACGGGUCACUCUUUUGGAUUUGGUGAAAUCGAAGGGAAGAACAGGGAGAGGUACACUGAUAGGAUGUCAGGGGGUGAUGUGAGGAAGCAGAUUACGGUGAAUCACGGAGGAAUGCGACGGUCGGCGAGCUUCGAAGUGUUUGAUUCUGCCUCCUCACUAUACUGAUUAAAGAGUACUUCAUGAGUUUCAAGUCUCGUGAAGUACUUCGGUCAUCAGCUUCGUUGAACUGGAAGUUAUGGCUGUGACUGUUAGCAACAAAGAAAGUUGGAGUUUCUUUUCCAAUGCGAAGAUGCAGUAUCCAGAUAAGCUAUCAGGUUGUAACCUUCCAAUAGUUAUAUUUUGGGAAUAUUUUGUUCAUACGAUUGAUGUCCCAAUAUGUGUUUUAAUAUAUAUUCAUUCGGUUGUAAAUAGCAAAACGUUCAUAUCUUGCUAACCAUUUACCCAGAUAUAGAGUAAUCUUUGGAUUUGAUA